CGAGUGGAACGCAUGCUCACGUCAAUUCAUCCUCGGGCUAUCGCUAUUGGAGUUGGAGGACGCAGAGGGCGCGUACACAGCGUUCUGUCGCGCCGCAAAGGGCGUGAGCUCGGAGCCGUUCCUGCGCCAGCUCGUGGCCGAGCCGCGCGACCGGCUGGCGCACCACCACGCGCUCGUGCUGUAUUACAUGAAAGUUAUUAAACUCUUCGAAAUACACGACGCUGGCGCAUGUGUCGUCCGUCUUGCAGAAACAGCUAUUUCGAUCGCUGACAAAGAUGAUCCAAAUUUAGCGAUGUUCCAAUGGGUGGUGUUCAAGUGGCACCUGUCGGGCGGGCGCACGGAGCGCGCGCUGAGCGCCGCGGCCGCCAACCCGGCGCCGCACGCGCGACAUGCAGCCGCCGCCACGCUUCUUACUACCCUCGCGGAGCGCAAAGAACUAGGCGCGUUAGUGCGGUGCAGCGCGCUGAGCGAGGAAGCAGAAAAGGCAGCGGCUGCGCGCGCCAAGCUGCACGACGCACACGACGACAACCCCUACUAUGACUUUCUGUACGCGCUAAGCGUGUCCCGUCAUCAUUAUCGCAAAGCGGCCGCGGUGAUGUACGAGCGCGCGACGCGGUGCGGCGCGGAGCGGGGCGGCUCCCCGCUGCGGCGGCGCUACCUGGCGGCCGCGCUCACGUGCCUGCGCCUCGCGAGGCCCGAGCACGCCUUCCUCGCGAGACCCGCCGCGCCCAACCUCACAGCCACACAGGUUAUUGGUCCUGAUGAAUUAGCUGCUGAACUACGAGAAGAAGAUCCAGAUUCCUUAGACCCAGUUCAAAAAGCUUUACAAAGAUCUGAAAAUAUAGAUUUCGAUCAUUUGUACCCAUACUUGAAAGAGGCAGAUCGGGAAACACUUUUAGCAAUUACGAAAAGGAUAAUAAGUACAGGACAAUUUUUACCGCGCUGGUUCCUACUAAGAUUUAUGGACGUGGACGGCGCGGGUUGCGUGCGAACGCUGCUGCGCGGCGGGCGCGUGGUGGAGGCGGGCGCGGCUUGCUGCGGCGCACUGCGCGGCGUUUUGGUGGCGCUGCGGCCCGGCGCGCCGCCCACCGCCGCGCCCCUCGCGCUCGCCGACCUGCUGCUGGCCGAGCUGCGUCUCCACACGCACCACCAGCCCUCCAGAGAGGUAUAUGAAGAGUUACAAAAACUAGUUGAUUCAUACAUUGAAAUUGUUCAGCGCACCUCCGAUGAUAUGAAAAGUGCCCAGAUUAAAUACACAAUUGUUAAUUGAAUAUUGGAUUACUGUCAAUAAAAUAAUUUGUAUGUUUUAA